GUUGCCCACAGCAACGCGCAACGCUUUGCCCGCCGCGCCUCGGUACAGCGGUUCUGUCCGGUGUUUCCGUCGAGAAAACGGACCGAAAACUUUUUAAAACCAAGAAUUUAAUUUCACUCAGCCAUUAUAUCAAGAGCCGCGUUUCUUUAGAGCUGACGCGAACGACAACUGGACUUUCUCCGGGGACCAUGACGCAGAGAAGUGCAAAGACUGCUGCUGUGCAAUAAAUAAAUCUCCAGCAUGCCUCCAUCCGCCUCAGCAGCACAGGAGACAUCCCACAACCUGGACGGAGAUUCAGGUUUAUCUGCUCUGGGAAGAGAUUACGAAAAGAAGAAGCAGAAGUUGCUGCUGGAACUGCAGCUGGAGUACAAAGAUUAUGUUUCCAAGAAAAAGGAGAGUAAAGGUCGCGUGUGUGACAGGCAGCAUCAGGCUCUCUCCUUACCCGUCGUUGAGGAGAAGAUAUCAAUAAAGGAUAGACUGAGAGAAGAGAGACAGAAAGAAUACAACCUUUUCCUCCAGGAGCAACCUCAAACCAGAAGGGUAACAAGAGGAGCACCUCCUGUUACCUCUAAGAAUACCCAGACGGGCGCGCCGCCCCGCCAAAAGGAGAGCCCCGAAUCCAGGAGAAACGCCGCCACUCUGACCGAGGCAGGAGAUUACAGAAGGAGCCCGGACUGCCGGGGUCAUGGCCCUCGGAGGCGGAGGAGGUGGCAAAUUCAUCAGCCAAAGAAGACACAGAGCUCCGAGGAGGAGCUGAACACGGAUGAAGAGGAGGAGGACUUUGAUUUCAGACGCAGAAGGAGGCGAGAGAGGAGCACCUAUGAGCGGGAGUACAGAGAGGGACGGGGGACGCCAGAGCGCAGAGGGAGAAGAGCUUUGCAAAACACCAGAGAGAUGGAGGCCCUUUCUAUUCGAGACCAAAGCAGCAGCGAUGGGACCCGGAAGCCAGGGAUCAGUCCAACGCCCCAGAACGAGAAGACAUCGACAAGAUCCACACCUCCAACCUACAAGGAGGAGAAAGAAUUAGCAACCGGACUCAUGAUCGGCGCAGUGGAGGAACGCAGCGUCACGCAGAUGAAGAAGGAGCAGUAUAAGCAGGAACUGCUUCAGCAAAUAGCAGAGCGACAGAAAAACAAGAUAAAGGAGAAGAAAGCGUUGCUGAACGUUGAUGCUACAGAUUCUGGGAAAGAGCGGUUGGGCGCCGCACCUCGGGAGCACCAGAGCCUGACACCGGAUGUUUUGGAUCCUAAAUGGGACAAUCGCCCUGAAAGCUCACCACACAGAGCUCCUGGACCGAGCCCCCUGGUUCGCUUCGGUCCAGCCUUCAGUCAGCUGCCGGUGAACCCGUUUCCCCCGCCAGGGAUGGGAACAGUGCAAAUGGUCCCGCCGCUGGAUUAUUACGCUGGCAUCACAGGCAUGCAGGGGCCGGUGGGCUUCCCAUGGGUCCCUGUUGUUCCUCCUGUGCCUCACAUCGUUUCCAGCCCUGACAGAAGCCAGCAUGAUGCCGCGUUUUACCAAGAAGGAACCAGAUACCAGGAUUAUUCUUCUGACCAAAUCCAGAUCCAGUUCUACAGAGUUCUGGUACCACGGUUUAUUACUUCAGGCAUGUUUGAGCAGAUAGGCUCCUGA